UAUUGAUACAUUUAUCUAUACGUUUAUAUGCCUAAGUACUAUUGUGACUACUGCCGGUCGUACUUGACGCACGACACCAUGAGUGUGAGGAAGUCACACCUCCAAGGACGAAACCAUAUACGGUACUACUGCCAGUACUACGAAGCCAAAGCCAAAGAAACCAACGAAUGGAAACCAAGUACGUUCAAAUAUCAAGUGACGUUAGAGAAGUUGAAUGAAAAAGUGCCGGGUCCAUCACAGAAAGAGGAAGAAGAGGAUAGUGAAGAUGAAUACUAUCUACCACCACCACCGAAUUUAAGCGAGAUGCCCAACCCCCCGGCAUCAGCGUAUCGAUAUAACGAAGAAUACAACAAGGGGGUUAAUAAAUACGAGAUACAGGAAACGAUAAUAUAAAAUAUAUAUAUUUAUUAUAUACUAGCUAUAUAGGACGAGCUUAUAAAUCAGCGUCAUCUUCAUCAGGUAAAGGUAAAGCGGUGGCUUGUUC